CCAAUCAGAAGAGCGAACGUUGGUAUCGCGCGGAAUUCGUCUUCGUCGCUUUUUCAAUGUUCGCGGGAAACUGAGCAUUUCUGAAUGAAACACCUAUCCAGCAGGAGCUAUGACUCUUUUUCACCAUGUUGUUGAUCAAGGCGUUAUUAAAAGAAGAUGUAAUGGUCAGCGUCGGCACUAUCCGCUGUCCUCUCUGCUGGACGGAUACCAGUGCGCUCGACAGGACGAACACAUUUCAUACGGAGCCUCGCCUGCUGCUGUGCCGCCGUUUGGAUGCACAUUUUCCUCUGCUCCUGGUCAACAGAGCAGCCUUGCUGUUGCAAACGAGGAAGGGUUUGUGACCAUCUUCAAUACCGGAGAAAAACAGAGCUCUGUGCUGAAAGAGUGGCAGGCACACGAUAAUGCAGUUUUUGAUAUUGCCUGGGUUCCUGGUGCAAACCGCUUGGUAACAGCGUCUGGUGACCAAACGGCGUGUCUGUGGGAUGUUAUUACUGGUGACCUGCUAGGAACAUUUAAAGGACAUCACUGCAGUCUUAAAUCAGUGGCUUUUUCCAAGCAAGAGAGAGCUGUUUUUAGCACUGGAGGCAGAGAUGGGAACAUAAUGAUUUGGGACACAAGAUGCAGUAAAAAAGAUGGUUUCUACAGGCAGGUAAAACAGAUCAGUGGUGCCCAUAUGAAACCUGAAAAAUACACACCUCAAACAAAGAAAAGGCGUGGGAUGGCGCCCCCUGUGGACUCCCAGCAGGGUGUGACGGUGGUUUUGUUCUGCGAUGAGAACAAACUCAUCUCCUCAGGAGCAGUAGAUGGCGGUCACAGUAACUCCUCAUUUUAUGUGAAGUCCAGUGUCAGCCCAGAUGACCAGUUCCUGGCCAGUGGUUCAAGUGACCAUCAUGCUUAUAUAUGGAAGAUUUCAGACCCGAAACAAGCUCCCAUGAUGCUUCAGGGCCAUAGCCAGGAAGUCACAUCAGUGGCCUGGUGCCCCAGCGAUUUCACCAAGACUUGUGCCGGUAUUCGUAAAAUCCAAUCACCACCCAGAGUACCUGGCCCUUACAGCCCUGUUGAAGUCACUCCAGCCAAAAGUUCUGGAUCCGAGAGGGCUGUCUCUCUAGCUUCACCCCAGCCUGCUGCUUGCGCCCCUACGGGUGCUGAUUUACCCCUGCCAUCAAACACAUCUGCACCUUCGGCCAAAGUCAGCAGCCCCAAAAUGCCCUCGUCUAUCCAGCAGUGGAUCAGCCGCGGUACAUCUCCUCUUCGUAAGGUGCUCACACCUGUCCUCCAGGGCCCUUCCUCUGAACGCCACGCAAAGCGCCGACUGGAAACAGGUGAUGGGUCUGGUUUGGGAGAGGAGAGUGACGGGGUGUCUGAACUGUAUCCCGACGUAAAGAGGAGCAGGAGUUCAGUAAGCGCACAGAAUGAGAAAGGUGAUCUAUUCAGUUUGCAAACAGAGGAGAGGCUCAGCUCGGCUGGACAAGCUGGCACUGGCAAAGAGAACAGCUCUCCGAGGAGGACUGAUUGGCUUUCUGUGAUCAGCCAGAGAUUUAAAGGAUCAGCUCAACCAAAAAGCCCCAACGGCGGCAGCAAACGACACGAUGCAAGAACACACAGCUCUCCAGCAGCAGUCUCACCAUGUCCAAUAAGAGUUGUCUCUUCACCGCCAACCAAGAAAGCAUCACCAUCCAGACCCAUGAAAAAAAUCUCUUGCUACUUUGUGAAAAGAACCCAAGACUGAUCAUUGUGUGGCAAGAUAUCCGAGUCUGUCUCAAUAUGACACAUCUAUGGUUUAAGUUCAGGUCCAGUUUUUUUUUUGCGACCAAGCUUAUGUAUUUAUGUAUGUGAUGUGUAUAUAUUCUUUUUAUCGAAUUGUUUUUAAAUAUGUAUAAGUUUCAAAAAGGGUCAUAUUGAUGAUCGUUUCGGUAAACGUUACGAAACUAGAUGAAGUCAUUCGACAACGCAAUUAAACUCUACAAGUUUUCUGAA